GAAAAUUCAUCCGUUCAUUAUUAAAUUCUGAUUAGCCGAAUUGAGACGUCCUGCACGUGUCUGCGCAAGAUUUUUAUUUAAAAAAACCAGCGAAUAAAGGAAUAUUUUCCUGUUUUUGAGACUAAUUGCUGCAUUUAAAAGUUAUUGCAAAUAAAUAAACAUAAUGGCACAAGCUAUUAAGAAAAUCUUGCCCAUGUUGGACCGCAUCCUGAUUCAGCGUGCCGAGGCUGUGACGGCCACAAAGGGCGGUAUUUUGCUUCCGGAGAAAUCGGUUGGCAAGGUAUUGGAAGGCACAGUUGUGGCUGUUGGACCUGGUGCAAGAAAUCCUCAAAGUGGCAACUAUAUCCCAGUGGGCGUUAAAGAAGGCGACCGUGUGCUGUUGCCCGAAUACGGUGGCACUAAGGUAGAGUUGGAUGACAAGAAGGAAUACAUUCUUUUCCGCGAAUCAGACAUUUUGGCGAAGUUGGAAUAACUUUUUUACUUUUUUUUUUAUUCAAUUGUUGAAUCCUCACGCCUCAUAUGUGGAUAGUGUAAGGCCGUCUGAUGGUAGCGAUAAGACGGUCAAUUAAGUAGUUUGUUCCUUAGCUUGUAAUUUCCAUUUACUGCAGUGGACUAGUUUACAGAUGUUUGUUUCACUUGUCCGCGCACUAAGUAAAUACGUUUGUUAAAAUUAAAAGGAAAAUAAAACGGUUUUACGCUUUGUUUCUGAAA